CUCUCUCUCUCUCGGAAAUGGAGUAUGAGAGGAUUCACAAAGUUCAGAUGGGAGUAAUUUCUCCCAGUAAACUCAGGAUAAAACUAUUAGGAUCUCACGGUGGCAGAAGGAAGGAAGGAGGGAACAGUUCAUCCAGAACAUCCCCUUCCAAGCUAGAGGAAAUGGAGCACUCGAAGCACAGCCUAUUAGCUGGAGAUCUUGACGAAGAAGUUAGCUUGAAAGACUCCAAAGAUGCAUCUUCCCUGAAUGUGGGUGCGAGUUCGGAAGUUCCGAGAUUGGAGUUGUCUGUUAAGGAGGUUCUCGGCUAUGGACAAGGCGAUCAAACUCCGUCUUUCCGAAAGGAGUUUCUCCCCAAAGGGAAAGCUGACAUCUGCUGCAACAGAGCUCAGGACACUGUUAAAUCUGUUUCUAGCCUGGCUGAGCCGACCAGCAACUUGAGCAUGGUACAUCCGAUGCGAUUACCAGACGAAGAAAGCUUCGAUUAUGACAGUGGACAUGACAAUGGCAGUGCACGCAGCUUUGAGUUCCAUAAAGGCGAGAGACCAUCGCAGCAAGCGAGUAGCCCCUUUGUCAGGAAUCUUCCAUCCAAGUGGAACGAUGCAGAGAGAUGGAUUGUUCAUCGACAAAUUACGCAUGUCAAGUCAAAUGUUUCGAAGAAGACUGCUGCACUGAAUCUUGGGAGUCUCCAAGUCAUUUCCAACCGGGUGGUGUUUGUUCCGGAAUCUGCGAGUGCAGACCACAGGCACUCUCUUAUGCAGGAACCAGAUGCUAAAACGAGCAGUUCCACGAAAUCUACCUCACAAAAUGUGGCCGAGAAGUUCUCUUUUGCUCCGAAUUCCUCGCAGUCCAGUUUGGAUUCGACUAGCGGAUUGACAGAUUUAUCUUCAGUUAACAGCACUUAUGGUGGUUGUUUUAAGAAAGAAUUUAAUCAUGCUGUCUCAGAAAAAUCUACUGCUAAAGCGACGGGUAAGCCAAUGUUCCUCCAUACGUUGAUAAUAAAUGCGUAUAGAAUUUGCUUUGAGCUCAAGUACAUUUAUAACCAUGAAGCUCAGAUGCUUAGAAAUGCUUAUCAUUGCUUAUAUUAUGCAGUCAGCCCGUUAGUGCAGUCGGUUUCGAUGAGAGAUGUGGGAACAGAGAUGACACCUAUUCCGAGCCAGGACCCAUCGAGGAAUGAGACGCCUGUCGGAGCCAUGACCCCGGCCCGUACUCCACUUUCUUCAAUACCAUCGAGUCCCAAAAAAGGAGCACAAGCAUCAUCUGCUGCAGAAGCAAAUACACAUGAUCGAUCAAGAAAGAGUGAGAACUCUGGGAACAGAGAAUUAUCUGACAAAGAACUGCAACUGAAAACAAGGAGAGAAAUAGCUGCCCUUGGCAUACAACUCGGUAAGAUGAACAUCGCUUCCUGGGCCAGUAAAGAUGACAUGGCACAUGCCUCUCCCCCCUUGGACCAGGAAAAGAUCAAGACAGAAUAUGAAGCCCGUGCAGCAGCAUGGGAGGAAUCUCAAAAAUCUGAAUAUACUGCUAGGCAUAGACGAGAAGAGGCAAAAAUACAAGCCUGGGAGAACCAUCAGAAAGCAAAAUAUGAAACUAAACUGAGGAGAGUUGAGGCCCAAGCUGAACUGAUGAAAGCCCGAGCACAGGAUAAGUUGGUCGAGAAGCUAUCAUUAACACGCCGGCGAGUAGAGCACAAACAAGCCGUUGCUGAAGCCAAUAGGAAUCGACAGGCUGCUAGAACAGCUGAACAGGUAGAGCAGAUACGGCAAACCGGUCGCGUGUAUACACCGCAUAUCUGGUGCUGUAGUUGGUUUUUCUGAAUUGUAUCUCCAUAAUUUUGGAAUGAGUUGAGUUGCGGCUCAGUAUAGGAUUAAUGCAAGGCUCGACCCUUUUUAAUGAAUAUGAUGAGACAUAUUCCACUCAUCAA